AUGGAGCGGGAACGACAGUAUAUCCGCCCGAGGGCAGGGGGCACUGUGACGCCCGGCGCCGAAGCCCGGGCGGGCCGUCCCGCCGAGUGGCCCCAGUGGGAGCCGGGCCAGGAGCGUGACGAUUCCCAGCAUGAGCAGCCCCUCAAGUCGAUAAUGCGCAAGCCCGCAAGGCUGCUUUCGACACGGCCGCGGCGGAACUCGGACACCUCCGUCACUUCAUCCAACAUGCCUGCCAUAGGGAGCGACUCGGAACCACGAGCACCUGUUCCCCUUCCCUCCGCCUCGGCAGGGACACUGCCUAGAAAGGUCCUCAAAGCAAAGUUCCCGGGGAUUCCUGCGGAACGGCAAGGAGUUGUCAACCUACGGCCUUCUCGGUCCUCCUCCUCCAGCAUUCCAUCCAGCUAUCAUGUACCUCCAGUGCGCACCGUUCUUGCGCCCCAAUACCUGGUUGAUAACGGGCCCAUGGACCGUCAUGAGCCUUAUGACCGCCGGGACCGUCACGACAGAAACGACUACCGCGAUGAGACCGAGUCGGUUUCAGAAUCAUCGGAGCUCUCAUCCUCCACUCAAGCCACCACCGUCAUCUCGGCAACAUCAGAUUCAACUGCAACCGACAUGACACCAACCGAGACCAACACCGUGACCAACGUUAUCGGCUCUGGCUCCAGUGUUGCCAGUUCAGUUCCUCCUAGCCGAAAAGUCAAGCCGCGGUUGGGCACCCGGGCAAGGCCACCUUCUGACGCGGACCGGACUGUUGCCAAAACUGGCGGUCGGACAGCUCCAGUCAAACUUCUUCCCCCCAGCGCCAACACACCCGAACCAAGGUACUCGGAGCUUGAGAAGGCACAGCAAGACAUGGAGCGUCGACUGCUGCACACGAUUGAGCAACUCGAGCACGAGAGGCAGGAGCUGCCGGAAAGCUCAUCACGCCUCACGUCUCUCGGCCAAGAGAAGGCAGCUCUCGAAAAAGAACGCGACCUUGAGCGCCGCAGUAAGGAGAAGGUUCUCGGCAUGCUUGAGGAACAAAAGGCCGUCUUCGACGAGUUCCGAAGCAACUUUGAACUGCAAAAGGUUAUGCUCGACGACUUAGAAAAGGAGCGGGAUGCGGAACGUUCCAGCAAAGCGGAGCUACAGACGAAGCUCGACAACACCCGGCAGGUUCUAGACGAGUUCAGGUCCACCUCUGACUUGCAAAAGACCAUGAUCCUAGAGGCUGAGAAGGAGCGUGACGAGAUCAAGCUGUCUAGAGACAAGCUGGAGGAUCAGUUCGCUCAACUCGAGAAGGACUUUCAGAAGCUUCAGGAGGACCGCAAAGAGCAUGAGGAUCUGCUCGCACAGCAGAUUGCGGCACUGGAGAUUGGCAGGGAUGCCCUCAAAGACCAGCGCGACAACAAGGAUAAGGAAAUUGCGGAGAUACUUGCGGAUCGCGAGCGGCUAAACUCCGAGUUGGCGGCCCUAACAGCUCGGCUGAAGGAUAUGGCCGAGGAGGAGAAGGCACAGAUCCGGAAUGAGGGCGAGGAGAGCCUUCAGGCAUCCAAGAACCAGAAAGCCAAGGAGGCCAUCGGGCAAGAGAAGGCCGAAACCGACGCAAAGCUCGCAACUGCCGAUGAGAACAUUGCCAAGCUUAGUUCCCAGAUUGCGGACUUGACAUCCACUGCAUCGGACCUUAACGCCAGGAUAACAAGUUUGGAGGAGAUGCUGUCUGCAGCCAAGGCGGAGGCGGACGACCUCAAAGCCCAAGUCGAAUAUCUCACCGCCGAGAAAGCCGACUUGGAAGCACAGGUGUACACCCUCAACACCGAUCUAGAGGGCGCAAAAGCCGCCAAUGUAUCGCUUGCAAGCCAGAAACUUGAUCUGGCAGGUGAUAUGGCAGGCAUCCAGGGAUCCCUUGACGCGGCCAAGGCUGAGAUCGAGACCCUCCUCAAUGAAAAGGCUGCCCUACAGGCUGAGGCGGACAAGGUUGCCGGCCUAGAAAGCGCCAAGGCCGAGCUUGCGGCGAAGAUUGCGGAGCUCCAAGGGAAGACAUCCGACCUCGAAGGCAAGCUUGCCGAGCUCCAAGGCGAGGCGGACAAGAUUCCCGGCCUUGCUGGAGAGAAGGAAGCUGCUGAUAGCAAGAUUGCGGAGCUCGAAGCGAAGAUCGCUGACCUUGAUGGCAAGGCUGCCGGUCUCGAAGCAGACCUUGCCGAGGCACGAGCUGAAGCGGGCAAACUGCCUGCGCUUGAGGAAGCCAAAGCAGAACUCGAAGGCAAGGUAUCUGAGCUGCAGGGCAAGAUUGCUUUGCUGCAACUCGAGCUCGAGAAGGAUCCAGACUCGGCCACGGCUGCCCUGAGGGCUGAGCUGGAGGCGAAGGGCCAGGAAAUCGCACGGCGUAUGGAGGAGAUUACUGUGUUGACGGAGCGUAACACGGCGCUGUCAGCGCAGCUAGGCGCAACCAAGCAGCAACUCGACACGACUCAACAAUCCCUUGACGAGACGACGCAAUCCUACACGGGCCAAGUCAUCGAGCUCCAGCAGCGCGUCGAGCAGCUCGCGUCGGCGUCGCGAAGGGCCAGCCGGUCUCGCACGUCUUCUCCGCAGAAGAAGGAGCGGGAGGGCGGCGGCAAGAAGGACAAGCAGUUGGUGGUGGUGCGGAACCCGGCCGACAGAGGGGCCCUGUCAGUCAUGCUCCAAAUCGCUGCCUCCAUCUGA